GCUUGGUUCUGUUCAUCCCGAUGGAUCACAAAAGCUCUGUGCUCGUCAUAUCUCUUAUCGCCUUUUUAGCAGGCUGCGGAGCGACCGGAAUCAGCAGGUGCGAUUUUCCGAAACAGUUUGUGUUUGGCACAGCGUCCUCUGCGUAUCAAUAUGAAGGGGGUGCCAAGCAAGGUGGACGGAAGCCAAGCAUUUGGGACAAAUUCUCUCAUACUUUCGGCAAGAUUUUGGAUGGCAGCAAUGGCGAUGUUGCUGAAGAUCAAUACAAUCGGUAUCAGGAGGACAUAUUAUUGAUGAAAGAACUUGGCAUAGAUGCAUAUCGAUUUUCAAUUUCGUGGUGUCGUAUUUUCCCUGAUGGAAACACAACGCAAGUAAAUGCUGAGGGUGUGAAUCACUACAAUGGCUUUAUCAACGCUCUCUUAGCGAACAAUAUUGAACCUUACGUUACCCUUUACCAUUGGGAUCUUCCACAAGCGCUUGAAGACUCAAUUGGGGGAUGGCUUAGUUCUGAGAUUGUAAACAGAUUUGCCGCCUACGCUGACGCUUGCUUCAACGCAUUUGGCGAUCGGAUCAAGUACUGGAUUACUUUCAAUGAACCCCAGUCGUUUGCAACGUCAGGAUACGACUUAGGCAUUCAUGCGCCAGGAAGAUGCUCAAUACUUUUAUGUUCGAAAGGAAACUCCGCCACUGAGCCUUACACUGUUGCUCAUAAUGUGCUACUCUCACAUGCGGCCGCAGUGCGCAUCUACAGAACGAAGUAUAAGGCCCGGCAAGGUGGAACAAUUGGAAUUACCUUGAAUUCGUUCUGGUACGAGCCGCUUUCAAACUCCACAAAUAAUAUAGCAGCUGCACAGAGAGCUCUGGAUUUUGAGCUCGGGUGGUUUUUAGAUCCAAUCGUUUAUGGUGACUAUCCAGCAGUUAUGCGUGAUUACGUGGGACAUCGCCUGCCGAUGUUCACAGAGGAGCAACGUUCUUCUUUGCUGCUAUCGAUUGACUUCCUUGGACUUAAUCACUACACUACCAAUUUUGCAUCUGCGCUACCUCCUCCGCUUAUAAAGAACUGGACAGACUAUUUUCAGGAUUCCAGAGUACUCAGAACAGCAUCUCGUGGUGGAGUUUCAAUUGGACGAAGAGCGGCAUCCAUUUGGCUAUACGACGUGCCAUGGGGUUUUCGAAAGCUAGUCAGCUACGUAACUCACCGUUACAAUCAGCUGCCAAUUAUCAUAACAGAAAAUGGAAUGGACCAGUCCAGUUUCUUAUCACGAAGCAGCGCUUUGCACGACAGCCACAGGAUUGACUUUCAUAGCAACUAUCUGUCAAAUCUUUCCGCUGCGAUCAGGGACGGAGCUGACGUCCGGGGAUACUUUGUGUGGUCAAUGUUGGACAACUGGGAAUGGAGUGCGGGAUUCACUUCUCGCUUCGGUCUCUAUUAUGUGGACUACAGAGACAAUUUGAAGCGAUGUCCGAAAGCAUCGGCAGCCUGGUUUACGAACUUCUUGAAUCAGACUUGUGCUUAUCGAUAGCUCUUUCAAAAUGCUACAACCUUUUCACAU